GUAUGAGGCAUGUGGUGAUGCAGGCGGGGUAUAUGUAGCUCCCCACCUUGGACUCUUUAUCAACAUGAACUUAUCCCACACAACCUCGGUUCAGAUACAGAUAAAUCACCUCAACUUAUACCCAGGCACUAUUUAACUCCUCGAACAACAAAAACACCAUGACUACUGAUACCCCAGGUCUCUCACCAGAACAACUGGAAGCAUUCAACCGCGAUGGCUACCUCAUCCUCCCUGGUGCCCUCUCCAGCUCAACAGUCAAAUCUCUACUCGACGAAACUCACAAUCUUCUCGAAAGUUUCUCAUUAGAUGAUCACCCUCUCACACGUUUCUCAACCGGCGAGAAACGUGACCAUGUUGGUGACGACUACUUCCUGACUUCAGGCGACAAGGUCCGAUUCUUCUUUGAGGAAGACGCCUUUGACGACGAUGGAAGACUUAACAAACCCAAAGCCCGGGCUGUUAACAAGAUUGGACAUUACUUACACGCUCUGUCCCCUCCAUUUGCUCGCCUUCUGGACCACGAUACAAGCAAGGUCAGUCCACCUGCUGUAGCACGUAGUCUUGGCUUCAAAGACCCUCGGUGUCUGCAGAGCAUGGUCAUCUGCAAGCAACCAGAAAUAGGAGGGGCCGUGCCUCCCCAUCAAGAUAGCACUUUCUUAUAUACCAACCCUCCCUCGGCUGUGGGUUUCUGGUAUGCCCUUGAAGAUGCCACGCUUGAGAAUGGAUGUCUAAGUUUCCUGCCUGGUUCACAUCGCUGGGCACCAGUUGAAAAGAGACUCGUUCGCAAGGCAGGUAAUGUCGGUACAGAGAUGGUAGAUAAUGAUGGACCGAAGUUCCCUUCAGCAGAAGGCUAUGGACAGGCGACGCCAGACGGGCAACAUGAGUAUGUCCCUGGAGAAGUCAAGGCUGGUGAUCUAGUUCUCAUUCACGGCAACUUAUUGCACAAGAGUGAGAAGAACACCAGUCAGAAGGGACGAAUUAUCUACACGUUCCAUAUUAUUGAAGGACAAGACAGGGACUACGACGAGAAGAAUUGGCUUCAGCCACCAAACGAAGGGUUCACCAAGUUGUAUGCUUAAAUGAAUAAGACGAUCUCAAAAACGAGAAAC